CCGAAGAGCUUCGUUCUCUCUCUCUCACUAUCUGAAAACUCUCUCACCUAAGCUGUACGGUCAUCGGGGAAACUUCUCUUAGGGUUCAGGCGAGGAGGAGGAGGAGGAGAAGCAUGGGGUCAACUUUGUUAUCGGAUCUAGGAACGGAGGUUCUAGUGCCGGUAUGCGCGAUUGUCGGCAUCAUAUUCUCAUUAGUCCAGUGGUACUUAGUGUCGCGCGUGAAACUCACGUCUGAACGCCACGCGCCAGGUUCGUCGCCCAGUAGCGGUGGUGGUAACAAGAACGGUUAUAAUGAUUAUCUUAUUGAAGAAGAGGAAGGUCUGAAUGACCAAAGUGUCGUCGCUAAAUGCGCUGAAAUUCAAAGUGCAAUAUCUGAAGGUGCCACAUCUUUUCUGUUCACGGAAUAUCAGUAUGUUGGUAUUUUCAUGGUUGCUUUUGCAAUCUUGAUAUUCCUUUUCUUGGGUUCUGUUGAGGGCUUUAGCACAAAGAGCCGACCAUGUACUUUUGAUUCACAGAAGACUUGCAAACCAGCACUUGCUACUGCAAUAUUCAGUACUGUCUCAUUUUUACUUGGUGCCGUCACUUCAGUCCUCUCUGGUUUCCUGGGGAUGAAGAUUGCUACCUAUGCCAAUGCAAGAACUACCUUGGAAGCAAGAAAGGGAGUUGGAAAGGCUUUUAUUACUGCAUUUAGGUCUGGUGCAGUAAUGGGUUUUCUGCUUGCUGCAAAUGGUCUAUUGUUUCUUUAUAUUGCUAUAAAUCUCUUCAAGCUGUACUAUGGGGAUGACUGGGAAGGUCUCUUUGAAUCAAUUACUGGCUAUGGUCUUGGGGGAUCUUCUAUGGCUCUCUUUGGGAGGGUUGGUGGUGGUAUCUACACCAAAGCUGCCGAUGUUGGUGCUGAUCUUGUGGGAAAGGUUGAAAGAAACAUUCCAGAAGAUGAUCCAAGAAACCCAGCUGUCAUUGCUGACAAUGUUGGGGACAAUGUUGGAGACAUUGCUGGUAUGGGAUCUGAUCUUUUUGGCUCUUAUGCUGAAUCAUCUUGUGCUGCCCUUGUCGUUGCUUCCAUCUCCUCUUUUGGAAUCAACCAUGAGUUCACUGCCAUGCUAUAUCCUCUGCUUAUUAGUUCUGUGGGUAUCCUGGUUUGUUUGAUUACUACCCUCUUUGCCACUGAUUUCUUCGAAAUCAAGGCUGUGAAGGAAAUUGAACCGGCACUAAAGAAGCAGCUUGUUAUCUCCACUAUUCUUAUGACCGUGGGCAUUGCAAUUGUAACUUGGAUUGGCUUGCCUUCAUCUUUCACAAUUUUCAAUUUUGGUACUCAGAAGGUUGUUAAGAACUGGCAAUUGUUCUUGUGUGUGUCUGUUGGUCUUUGGGCUGGACUUAUUAUUGGAUUUGUUACCGAGUACUACACCAGCAAUGCUUAUAGCCCUGUGCAAGAUGUUGCCGACUCCUGCAGGACUGGAGCUGCCACUAAUGUCAUCUUUGGUCUUGCCUUGGGAUACAAAUCUGUCAUUAUUCCAAUUUUUGCCAUUGCAGCUAGCAUUUUUGUUAGUUUUAGUUUUGCGGCUAUGUAUGGCAUUGCUGUGGCUGCUCUUGGAAUGUUAAGCACAAUUGCCACUGGAUUGGCUAUUGAUGCUUAUGGCCCCAUUAGUGACAAUGCUGGAGGCAUUGCUGAGAUGGCUGGCAUGAGUCACCGCAUUCGAGAAAGGACUGAUGCUCUUGAUGCAGCUGGCAACACUACUGCUGCCAUUGGAAAGGGAUUUGCCAUUGGGUCUGCUGCUUUGGUGUCUUUGGCUUUAUUUGGUGCUUUUGUGAGCCGUGCAGCAAUUUCAACUGUUGACGUUUUGACCCCAAAGGUCUUCAUUGGUCUGAUAGUGGGUGCCAUGCUUCCUUACUGGUUUUCUGCAAUGACAAUGAAGAGUGUGGGAAGUGCAGCUCUGAAGAUGGUUGAGGAGGUUCGCAGGCAGUUCAACACUAUUCCUGGUCUUAUGGAGGGUCAUGCCAAGCCUGAUUACGCUACCUGUGUCAAGAUCUCUACUGAUGCAUCUAUCAAAGAGAUGAUUCCACCAGGUGCUCUGGUCAUGCUCACACCCCUCAUUGUUGGAACCUUCUUUGGUGUUGAGACUCUUUCUGGCGUGCUGGCUGGUUCCCUUGUCUCUGGCGUUCAGAUAGCAAUUUCUGCAUCCAACACUGGUGGUGCAUGGGAUAAUGCGAAGAAGUACAUUGAGGCUGGUGCAUCAGAGCAUGCUAGGUCACUAGGCCCCAAAGGUUCUGAGCCACACAAAGCAGCUGUAAUUGGAGACACCAUUGGUGAUCCACUUAAGGACACCUCAGGUCCAUCGCUCAACAUCCUUAUCAAGCUCAUGGCAGUUGAAUCUCUUGUUUUCGCACCCUUUUUCGCCACUCACGGUGGGCUGCUUUUCAAGAUAUUCUGAAGGGAAGGCGGGUAAUGGGAAAGGCAUAGGGGAAAGAAGGGUCAUUAUAUAACGGUUGCCUUGUCUUGUAGAAUCACAUCCAUCCUCAAUUCUAUUUCUGCAUUUAUCUUUUCUCCCAUUUAUAUGGGAUUUUUAAGUUAGUUUCCGUAGUUUAGCCAAAUACUAUUUUUGAUGGGCUGAUGAUGAUGAUAAUGAAAGACCGGUUACGUGGAGUGGGCGAGACAUGGUCUUGGCAGCAAAUUGUCAUUAGUGUUUUUAAGGAGAGUCUGAGAAUUUACCUUUACUCUUGUUUUGGAACACCCCAAGUUUUAAAAUUUUGUAUUGUUACCCUUUUUCUCUCACAGCUAAGUUGGCAUUUUGGACA